GAUAUGAUUUCACAUUCGUCGUCGAACUACAAGUCAUACGGACGUAUUCCGGGUUUUGCUAGAAAACACACAAAAACCACACAAUAACCAAACCGAAAAUGGAAAUGCGCGAUCGGCUGUACCAACUGAUGGUGAACCAGAGCUUCAUGUCCAGAGGCACGGUGACCGCGAGCAUGGCCAACUUGGCGGUCGGGCAUCUGAACAUCUCGGAUGCCAUGCAAAAGACGGUGAUCAAAGUGCUGCUGGUGAUCGAGGAGAAGUACCGCACCUACUUCGACAGCUACAAGAAGGAGCUGGAGCUGCAGAGGAUCGCGGCAGAAACGCUGCACCAGCUGAUCCAGCGCUACAAGAUCACCAUGCAGCUGGACGCCAGUUGCACGUGUCCGCAGAUCUACGAGAUCGAAUCGGAUGAUGCGAUCAUCAACAAGUUCUACAUCCACUACCAGGUGAUAGCCAGCUCCAACAAGAACCAGUGUUGGGCCAUCCAAGGCCUGCGUCCGUAUGUGCUGGCCUUCCGGCGAGAGUGCGCCAAGCUGCGUUUGAACAAGGAGAGCCCCUUCUUUCUGGGCGACGCCUUCCACAAGCCCAUCCAGUUCUACAUCGAUCUGGUGGAGGAGCUGUUCGCCUACUUCUACAGCGGACACCUUCAGCUGGACUGCGCCGCCCGUCUGCUGGAUCCCUUGGAUCUGAACAGGAUGGAAGACUACAUGAAGCUGUUGGAACCCGACCAGGACUUCGACGAGUACUUUCUGCACAACAUCAGCUUCUGCAAGUGCCUGCGGCCGCAGCCCCUGUGUCCUCCGAGCGAGCACCAUAAGAAGGUCAAGGAUCAGUCCGAUGCAUAUAUCAACCAUGCCAAGAAGAAGCGCUGUGCCAGGAGGUUUGAGAGAAUGGCCCAGAACGAGGCGCAGACCUCGAAGCGGGAAAGCGCUUCCUUGGAACGGAAAAUUUCAGUUGGCAGCGCGAAGACUACGACCAGCCUGAGUCAGGAGGCUUCUGUCGUGGAAGAGGCCGUUUCCAGCCGGCAUCACGAACGGACUCUAACCAAUCAGCUGAUGAGCGCCCUCUGCAUAUUACCCUAAUGUACGCUGAUAUGGACCCUCGCAGCUCCAAUUAGACGAACUCGAAUUGAAAUCAGUCAAUUAAACGGGUUAAGUGCACGUGAUUGCGUUCUCCGUUGCUCGGAAAUGUGUGCGGAAAUGUAGUUAUCCGCAUGCCCCUUGAAUAUUUGUGGCACGCAAGUUGGAGUUGUUUACCGAGUAAACUUCAAAGUGAUUUGCCGAUGGUUAUGCAGCUCUCUCUUCGGAGGUACUCGAUACUCAAAGUACAUUAAUUAAAACUAAGCUAAAGUUUUCACUUAAAUCAAGUGGGACACUUCAAAAUUUGUUGUCAGGUUAACCGAAUGAAGUUUCAACCGCUCGCAAGGCUUUCAAGUUGGCUUUAAAAUUAUAAAUGUGAUUCGUGAUUAAAGCGUUUGAGCAUUAUAAUCUCCAAUGUGCAAAGCUAUUGCAUUGCAUUGC